AUGAACUCGGCAGAGAGGUUUUACCUUCCUGUUGAUGGCAUCCUCGAAAUGUUCAGCUCUUUGUCAGGUUUUACGCACCAUCCAGUGUCAAACGUCUCCAAAGCUGGCAUGGGCAUCAUCAAAACUGUUAAAGGCUGCUGGGGGCGGCGGGAUAAGACGGGGGGCGCGCAUCGAUCCUCCAGUUCUGGGAUCCCGCGGGGGUCCGCAGACCGGCUGCCCAGGGUGCCGGUGCAGUUUGGAGUGACCAAGCCCCGGAACUGCCGCAGGAUAGUGGUGCUCGGAGCGCCCAGAGUUGGCAAAACCAACAUCCUCCGCAGGUUUUUAGGGGAAGAGUUUGAGGAGCACUACGAGCCCACGAUCGAGGACUUCUACAGGAAACUGUUCUACAUCGGAGGGGAGGCGUACCAGGUGGACCUCCUGGACGCUGCGCGUGAGAGAGACUUCCCUGCAAAACGGAGAUUAUCCAUCCUGACAGGGGAUGUAUUCCUGCUGGUCUUCAGUUUGGACGACAGAGAGUCUCUGAACGAGGUCCACAAGCUGCAGCGCGAGGUCACAGCCGCCAAGGCAAAAAUCCACAAGCCAGCGCGCGCGGUGAAACUGCUGGUGUGCGGCAACAAGGCGGACCUGGACCAGAGGGUCGUCGCGGGGUCCGAGGUGGGACAGAUCCUCGGAGAGGACGUCCCGUUCUUCGAAACCUCGGCCAAAGACGGCACCGGACUGGAAGCGGUGUUCGCGGCUCUCGCCACCCUGGGCGGGCUGCCCCACGAGACCAGCCCGUCCCGGCACCAGAUCAUCUCCAUCCUGACCUACCAGUCGCUGUGCGUCGGGAGGAGAGGCCGGAGGAGGCGGCGGCUCUGGCGGGGAGCCGGCGCGCCCUGCGCCGCCGUGGACCCGGUGGCGCAGCGGCCGAGCUUCAGCAGCGACCUGCGGCUGGUGCUUGGAUCAAGCACCAAGGCCAAGAAACCCGAGGUGUGUCCGGUUCAAUGA